AUGUCAAAGUUUAAGGGUGAAUAUUCUGUGGAAGAAGAUCCUUUAGGAGAAGGAUAAUUUGGUAAAGUACACAAAGCUAAAUCAUUAAAGAAUUAAUAGUUAAGCGUUUGUGUAAAAAUAAUGAAAAAAAAGAAACAAUUUGGUGAGCAUCUUCUACAAACAGUUCAAGUGCCAGAAUUCGAUAUUUGUAAGAUGAUGGUGGGUAAAAAAUAUGAAAAUUUGGUUUAAAUUUAUGCAGUUUAUGAUUCUGAUGUAGAAGAUGACCAUGCCUAUAUUUUCAUGGAAAGAUGCGAUUAAAGUCUAAGAUAGCUAAUUAAAAGAAAAAAAAAUGAAGAAAAUAAAUUAUUUACAAAGGAUGAAAUAUUUUAUAUAGUAAGUAAAAUAACCUAGGGUUAUCUUUAAUUGAUUUCUGCAAAUAUUAUUCAUAGAGAUCUAAAACCUGAAAACAUUUUAUAUAAUAUGAUUGACAAUUAAUUAUAAAUAAAAAUUGCUGAUUUUGGUUUGAGUAAAGUAAUGGAUCCAUCAUCAAGUGGAUAAAUGACAAAAAAAGUUGGAACUUAGUAUUAUUGUGCUCCAGAGAUUUCGAAUGAAUAAGAUAAAAAUGCUUACAAUUAUGAAUGUGACAUCUUUUCACUUGGAGUAAUCAUAUUUGAAUUGGCAAUCUUAGAAAGAUAAUUUAAACAUAGAUAAAUAGAAAAGCUCAAGGAUACCAAUUUCUCUAAAUUAUAUGAAGAUGUUUUGUAGAAAAAAGAAAUAGAUAAAGAGAUUAUAGAAUUAUUGGAUAAAAUGAUUACUUGGGACCCAAAAAAUAGAUUAACAUGGCAAGACUUAUCAUCAUAUUUUGAUUAAAAACAAAAAUAAUAGAAAGGUUAAUUUCCACCAUCAUAAUAAUUCAAGCAAUAAUUCAAUAAUCCACAACAAAAAUAACCCUAAGCUAACGCAUAGCCAUAGCUAUAAAAUUAAUACAAUGGGAAUCUUUAAUAGUAGGUAUUUCCAUUCCCAAUAGGACAACAAAACUAGGCCAAUUAAAAUAAUUAAAAAAACAAAUUUUAAGCAAAUUAAGUUUUUCCACAAUAACCAUCAGUUUUUCCAAAUAAUUUUCCAAAUUUGCAAUAAAAUCAAAAUACAAAUCCUAGAUUUUAAUCUGUCACAAGUGGAUAAUAAUACUAAUAAUAAUAAUAUAAUAAUAAUUUUAAUAAUAAUAAUAAUUUUAAUAAUAAUAAUUUUAAUAAUAAUAAUAAUAAUAAUAUAAUAAUAAUAGUAAUAAUACUAAUGUAAUAGCAAUAAUAUUAGCCCUAACAACAAUCAUAAUUAGGAUAAUUACCAUAGUUUGCACAAUAAGUCUAACCUCCAUAAUAAUUCCAAUUCAAAAUGGCAUAUAACCCAGCUGUAACAAUUUAAGGUUAGCCAAAUCCUCCUCAACCUAUUUAGCUCUAACCUAAUUCUUAAUAAAUAAAUCCUUAAACUUAAAAAUAAAGAUUUACAACAGUAAACUAAGGGCAAGGAUGGAAGAAAUGA